GGAGCAUCAAGCUUGAAGACAUUCGCUGAGCGAAAUUCCUAUACCAUUUCCUCCAUCGAGGAAGUUACUUGUACCAUCUCUUACCUACCAUUUCAACAACAACGCAGCCAUGUGGUACCACGUCUCGGAGCCGAACUCCUACCUCGCCGUGACUGGCGCAGGAGUGGAUUCAGUGCGCAUCACGAAGAAAGCAUUCAUCUACCCGUUGCAGAAGGUCACCAAGAUCAGCAUCACACCUUUCGACUUCUCCAUGUCACUGCAAGCCAUGACCUCAGAGAAGCUGCAGUUCUCUCUGCCUGCAGUAUUCACGAUCGGGCCAGACGACACGGUCGGGUCCCUGAUGAAAUAUGCCGUCCUCCUCACAGGAGAUAGCGAUGGCCGCGUUCCCACCGGUGCCAAAGGCGGUAUGGUCGCCACUGGACGCAAUCAUGUUCAGGACAUCGUCAAAGGCAUCAUCGAGGGCGAGACGCGCUCGAUCGUCUCGAACAUGACGAUGGAAGAGCUCUUCAACAACCGUCGCAUCUUCAAGGCCCAGGUCAUUGAAUGCGUACAAAAGGAGCUCGAUCAAUUCGGUCUCCGUAUUUACAAUGCCAACGUCAAGGAGCUGCAAGAUCUGGGCGAGUCGAAGUACUUCCAGUCUCUGGCCCAAAAGGCCCACGAAGGAGCUCAAUCUCAGGCACAAGUCGACGUUGCCAACGCUCGCAUGAUCGGAAAAGUCGGCCAGGCCGAGAAGGAAGGCGAAGCCAAGCAAGAAAUUGCUAAAAUCGAUGCGAAGACCGCCGUGCUCGAGACGGAGCGCAAGGUGGAGAAAGCCAACGCCGACCAGAAACUCAAGACCCGCGAGAUCCUCAUCUCCCGCGAUCUCAAACUCGAGCAGAUCGCCGCCCAGCGUGCCGCUGAGCAGAAAGAUGCGGAGCUGCAGAAGAACGUCGAGCAGAAGAGAGCAGAGAUGGAGUUGGAGCGACUGAGAGCUACGACUGUCACGCAGGCGAAAAUCGCCAAAGAGUCUUCUCAGCAAAAGGCCGAUGCCGAUCUGUACACUCAAGAGAAGAAGGCGGAUGCUGCGAAGUACAACCAGAAAGCCGAGUCGGAGGCAGUCUCCGCCUAUAUCCUUUCCACCCGGCAAGCUGAAGCGACCUACCUCGCUCGCGCCCGCGAAGCCGAAGCCGCGUACAUCACCCGCAAGAAAGAAUCCGAAGGUCUCAUCGAGAUGGCCAAAGCGUACGGCGCUCUCGCCGACGUGCUUGGCGGACCGCAGGGAUUGAUGAACUACUUGAUGCUCAAGGAAGGCGUGUACGUCAAGCUGGCGGAGGCGAACGCCAAGGCGGUAAAUGGGCUGGCGCCGAAGAUUAAUGUGUGGACGACGGAGGGUGGGAGUGGAAGUGGUGGGGCGGAUGCCAUGGCGCCGAUUCAGAAUCUGUUCAAGAGUUUGCCGCCGUUGUUUAGCACUAUUCAGGAUCAGACGGGGAUGACGCCGCCGAGUUGGUUGGCGAAUGUGCCGGCGCAGAGGAAUGGGGAGAUGGAGCCGGAGGAGAAGAUGAGGCAGAAGAGGGAGGGGUUGGGAUUGACUAAUGGACAGGCUAACGGUCAUUGA